AUGGCAGCGCCCAAACCGCCCUCGCCGCCGCGCCACUUCGGGUGCCCCGCGGGCGCGGGGGACUCCACCAGCUCCCAGCUGCCCGCCACCUACCUCGGCGUCAGCUUCGCGCUCUUCCUCGCCACGCUCCCGUCAGGCACCGCCGCCCGCCACGUGGCCUCGCUCCAGUCGCGGGGCCGCAUCCUCGCGUCGCGCCUGCUGGCCGCCGAGGACCAGCUGCGGCAGCUCCGCGCGCGCCGCCGCGAGGACGCCCGCGCCAACGCCCGCGCCGCCGAGAUCUUCGCGGGCCACCGCGCCGCCUGGAUGGAGGCCGAGCGCCGCCUCCUGGCCCGCGCCCAAGCCGCCGGGGACGAGGCCGCCUCCCUCCGCGCGCGCCUCGCCGACGCCGCCGCGCUGCGCGCCCGCGUCGAGCGCCUCGAGCGCGAGGCCGCCGAGCGGGACGAGCUGCUCAACGCGCUCCUUGCGGCCACCUCGCGCGCCGGGGACUCCGGCGGUGGCGGGCCCCUGUUCCGCGCCCGCGACGGGGAGGAGGAGGAGGAGGAGCGGGCGCGCCACGACGCGCGUGGGGAGCAGGAGCAGGACGCUCGUGGGGAGCAGUUGGACCACGCCGCUGACACCGCCGCCGCCGAGGCCCUCGCCGCCGCCGCCGCGCUCUACGCUCAGCAGCGCCAGAAGCACGACGACGACUUCUACACGGCUGCCACGGCCGCGUCGGGAAUGCCGCCGUGGAUGGAGAUGGACCGAUCAAAAGGCUGGCAGGACCUGAAGUAUGAUACAGUUGAGUCAACGUUCAACACAAAGCAUGCUGUACCUAGGAGAGAAUCACCCUGGAAAGUGGAUGUAGAAUCAUCAGGAGUUCCAGCAAAACUUAGGUUGCUGGAGCAGGAACUAAUUAACCUGGAAAAGGUAGUGAAUGGAGAUUUGUCCAAGAUUCCAUUGGUGAUGAGAAAACAAGUGAAAAGAUAUCAAACUCUAGCUGGGAAAAUUGAUGAUCUUUGCAAACGAAUGCAAACAAGUGACCCCUGUGAUUCAACACUAAACUCAGAGUUCAGAACACAGCGGCAAACAGAAUUCUUGCUGGAAGCAUUUCACCUUCAGCAUCGUGCAACUGAAACAAGGCAGAAGCUCAGCACACUGCAAGCAGAGACUGCAAAAGGCAGCUUUGGAGAUGAGCUAACAGCAGAAGCCAAAAUGUGCACAAGAAGAGCACUAAGUUCAAUAAGGAAUAACUUCAAGGAAAUCCAGCGAAGCUUGGAGAUUUGGCUGGCAAGAAUUCUUGGAGACCUCGAGGGCAUGCUAGCGAGGGAUGGGGCCUCCCGCAUUAGGGAGUACUUUCUGUCUCCAUACACAUCUGCUGUUCGUGUCUGCAUGAACACCCUGGAGAAUCCAUGGAUACACGAUCAGCAGCUGUUGAGAAAACUUGUCAUGGCAAUGCCUGGUUGUGGGUUUAUCUUCGAUUGA